AUGCCGGAGGUGAAAACUGUCGUAUUCGCGGGGCUCACCAGUGGUGGGGUGGUACUGAUUCCAGAACUUCCUGUGGUGGGGAAGUGGAAAGACAAGUCCCUGCAGAUGAAAUAUUACGUGUGGCCUCGAAUGUGUCCCGAAACCGAGGAGCAGGAGGAUGACCAUCUGAGCAUUGUGACCUUGGAGGAGGCGCCCUUUGUUAUCGUAGAGAGUGUGGACCCUCUCAGCGGAACCUGCAUGAGGAACACGGUCCCCUGCCAGAAGCGCAUCAUCUCUGAGAAUAAAACAGAUGAAGAGCCAGGCUACAUCAAAAAAUGCUGCAAGGGCUUCUGUAUUGAUAUCCUGAAGAAAAUUUCUAAGUCUGUGAAGUUCACCUAUGACCUUUACCUGGUGACCAAUGGCAAGCAUGGGAAGAAGAUCAACGGGACCUGGAAUGGCAUGAUUGGUGAGGUGGUCAUGAAGAGGGCCUACAUGGCAGUGGGGUCACUAACUAUCAAUGAAGAGCGAUCAGAGGUGGUCGACUUCUCCGUGCCCUUCAUAGAGACCGGCAUCAGUGUCAUGGUAUCGCGCAGCAAUGGGACCGUGUCACCUUCUGCCUUCUUAGAGCCGUUCAGCGCUGACGUGUGGGUGAUGAUGUUUGUGAUGCUGCUCAUUGUCUCGGCCGUGGCUGUCUUUGUCUUCGAAUACUUCAGCCCUGUGGGUUACAACAGGUGCCUAGCUGAUGGCAGAGAGCCAGGCGGCCCAUCUUUCACCAUUGGCAAAGCAAUUUGGUUACUCUGGGGUCUGGUGUUCAACAACUCCGUCCCUGUGCAGAACCCAAAGGGGACCACAUCCAAGAUCAUGGUGUCAGUGUGGGCCUUCUUUGCUGUCAUUUUCCUGGCCAGCUACACUGCCAACUUAGCAGCCUUCAUGAUCCAAGAGGAGUAUGUGGACCAGGUUUCUGGCCUGAGCGACAAGAAGUUCCAGAGACCUAAUGACUUUUCACCCCCUUUCCGCUUUGGGACUGUGCCCAAUGGCAGCACAGAGAGGAAUAUCCGCAAUAACUAUGCAGAAAUGCAUGCCUACAUGGGAAAGUUCAACCAAAGGGGUGUAGAUGAUGCAUUGCUCUCCCUCAAAACGGGGAAGCUUGAUGCUUUCAUCUACGAUGCAGCGGUGCUCAACUACAUGGCCGGAAGAGAUGAAGGUUGCAAGCUGGUGACCAUUGGCAGUGGCAAGGUCUUCGCAUCCACUGGCUAUGGCAUUGCUAUCCAGAAAGAUUCCGGGUGGAAGCGCCAGGUAGACCUUGCUAUUCUGCAGCUAUUUGGAGACGGGGAGAUGGAAGAACUGGAAGCUCUCUGGCUCACUGGCAUUUGCCACAACGAGAAGAAUGAGGUUAUGAGUAGCCAGCUGGACAUCGACAACAUGGCAGGCGUCUUCUAUAUGUUGGGGGCAGCCAUGGCUCUCAGCCUCAUCACCUUCAUCUGUGAACAUCUGUUCUACUGGCAGUUCCGGCAUUGUUUCAUGGGUGUCUGUUCUGGCAAGCCAGGCAUGGUCUUCUCCAUCAGCAGAGGUAUCUACAGCUGCAUCCAUGGUGUCGCUAUAGAGGAGCGCCAGUCCGUGAUGAACUCCCCUACCGCUACCAUGAACAACACACACUCCAACAUCCUGCGCUUGCUCCGCACAGCCAAGAACAUGGCCAACCUGUCUGGAGUAAACGGCUCCCCUCAGAGUGCCCUGGACUUCAUCCGCCGCGAGUCCUCCGUCUAUGACAUCUCUGAGCAUCGCCGCAGCUUCACCCAUUCGGAUUGUAAGUCAUACAACAACCCGCCCUGUGAGGAAAACCUGUUCAGCGACUACAUCAGUGAGGUAGAGAGGACAUUUGGCAACCUGCAGCUCAAGGACAGCAACGUGUACCAGGACCACUAUCACCAUCACCACCGGCCACACAGCAUCGGCAGCACCAGCUCCAUUGACGGGCUCUACGACUGUGACAACCCACCUUUCACCACCCAACCCAGGUCAAUCAGCAAGAAACCCCUGGACAUCGGCUUGCCCUCCUCCAAACACAGCCAGCUCAGCGACCUGUACGGCAAGUUCUCCUUCAAGAGCGACCGCUACAGUGGCCAUGAUGACUUGAUUCGAUCGGAUGUCUCAGACAUCUCCACGCACACUGUCACCUAUGGAAACAUCGAGGGCAAUGCAGCUAAGAGGCGGAAGCAGCAGUACAAGGACAGUCUGAAGAAGCGACCGGCCUCGGCCAAGUCGAGGAGGGAGUUUGAUGAAAUCGAGCUGGCCUAUCGUCGCCGCCCACCCCGCUCCCCAGACCACAAGCGCUACUUCAGGGACAAAGAAGGGCUCCGAGACUUCUACCUGGACCAGUUCCGAACAAAGGAGAACUCGCCUCACUGGGAGCAUGUGGACUUGACCGACAUUUACAAAGAACGUAGUGACGACUUCAAGCGAGAUUCGGUCAGUGGAGGUGGGCCCUGUACCAACAGGUCUCACCUCAAACAUGGAACAGGCGAUAAACAUGGCGUGGUAGGUGGGGUGCCAGCUCCUUGGGAGAAGAAUCUGACCAAUGUAGAUUGGGAGGAGCGGUCUGGGGGCAACUUCUGCCGCAGCUGCCCCUCCAAGCUGCACAACUAUUCCUCUACGGUGGCAGGGCAGAACUCGGGCCGGCAGGCCUGCAUCAGGUGCGAGGCCUGCAAGAAGGCUGGGAACCUGUAUGACAUCAGCGAGGACAACUCCUUGCAGGAACUGGACCAGCCGGCUGCCCCUGUGGCUGUGACAUCCAAUGCCUCCACCACCAAGUACCCUCAAAGCCCGACUAAUUCCAAGGCCCAGAAGAAGAACCGAAACAAGCUACGCCGGCAGCACUCCUACGACACCUUCGUGGACCUGCAGAAGGAGGAGGCCGCCUUGGCCCCACGCAGCGUGAGCCUGAAAGACAAGGGCCGAUUCAUGGAUGGCAGCCCCUACGCCCACAUGUUUGAGAUGCCAGCUGGUGAGAGUUCCUUUGCCAACAACAAGUCCUCAGUGCCCACUGCCGGACACCACCACAACAACCCUGGCGGCGGCUACAUGCUCAGCAAGUCGCUCUACCCUGACCGGGUCACGCAAAACCCUUUCAUCCCCACUUUUGGGGAUGACCAGUGCUUGCUUCACGGCAGCAAAUCCUACUUCUUCAGGCAGCCCACGGUGGCAGGGGCAUCGAAAACAAGGCCGGACUUCCGGGCCCUUGUCACCAAUAAGCCAGUGGUGUCGGCCCUUCAUGGGGCUGUGCCUGGUCGUUUCCAGAAGGACAUUUGUAUAGGGAACCAGUCCAACCCCUGUGUGCCUAACAACAAAAACCCCAGGGCUUUCAAUGGCUCCAGCAAUGGACAUGUUUAUGAGAAACUUUCUAGUAUUGAGUCUGAUGUCUGAGUGAGGGAAGAGAGAGAGAGGUUAAGGUGGGUACGGGAGGGGUAGGGCUGUGGGCCGCGUGGUGCGCAUGUCCUGGAAAGAGUCGGGGGUGAACUUGGCUCCCAUUCGCUUUUUCUUGUUCUUUUAAUUUCCCUAUGGGAUCCCGGAGUUCUGGUUCCUACUGAAGGCAGCCCUCGUGGCCGGCACCAUUUCUCCUCCCUCCGCAGGUCUCUUCUCCCCGCAUCUGUCCACCACUCCUAUAGCCAUGAGAGGAUAGAACGGGCCUCAGUGUGGGAGGAUGGAGAGGAGACAGGAAGUGCUUGCUGCUUGUGGGCUUCUUUCUAGUGCGGAAGUGCCCUGAGCCCUGAGAGGGAGGCUUUCCUGAAACUGCUCUUUUUUUCAGGCUAGGAAGUGAAGGCAGCCUAAGGAAGGCCCUUUGGCGUCCCGCUCAUAAGAGAGAAGGGGCUUUUUGCUGAAUUCUUGCUGGGUGGUUGGUGGUUGCCUAGGGACCCUGUAAACAGCAGAGGGCAGGAAGUGAUUCUGUGCUUAUAUAUAAGCCAAAUAAAAAGUUUGCCUCAGCCCCAUAAAACUCUGCGGUGGAGAACCAAGGGGGAAGGCCAUUGGCAGACGAGGGAUUCCUGAGCAAAUUGGGACAUUCACUGCAAUAGUGCCCUAUGGUUCACUGGAGGCAAGAGUAGAGAAUUCUGUGUGCACAUAUGUCCAUGUACAUCUGUACCCACUUGUGGUCAGCUGCCUCUGAGUAAAGAGGGGGGGAGCCUUGGCUCACUGCCUUCUUCCGUAGGCUUAAGUAAUGUACUUGUUUUGGCUUAUAUAUAAACCAAUGCCACAGGUUACCAGGAUUUGGGCUAGCUCUCCCUUUUCCCUUCUUCAGAGAGGCUGGAGGUUCUUGACAAAGAAAAUUCUCUACUAUAGGAAAAGUAUAUGACAAGAGAAAGUGAAAGGAACUGCAACAACCCUGCAGACUGAUAUGUCAGUGUUGUCUAUAGUUACUAUAGCUUAGGCGCAGAACUUUCCAGUAAGGCAUGAGGGAAAUCGAAGCAGCCAUGAGUCUUUUAUCCAAUCUCAGAGCAAAAGGUUCUAGAAAACUCUUUUAGGCAUUUAGCUCCUUGCCUGGCUAAGGUUUGAGGAAAGACUCUCCACAGAAGGUUUGGAAGAGGAGAAUCAUUCACAGUAGGGUAAGUGAGAGAGGGGGAUGUUUUCAAUGCUUUGAUCCCUUCUCACUUAACCUAGAGCUGGAAGGGUAGGCAAAUUCCUCCAAAGCCGGUGAUAAGUGACAGGGGACAGACAGAGGAGAGAAAUGAGCUUGUCCUCCAGGGUACAGCUCUGGAAGCCAGAGAGAACCAAGAUUUGGAGUAUGACUUGAACUAAUGUGAGCACUCCUGAAGGAACCAUUUCUCUUCCGCAACCCCCAGUUCCCUCUGAUUGUACCACUCAACAGUAAGCAUGUGUGCGUGCGUGCAUGCAUGGGUGUAUGUGUGUGCGUGUGUAUGUGUGUACAUGUGUGCGUGUGUAUGUGUGUGUGUGUGUGUGUGUGUGUGUGUGUGCGUGUGUGUAAAACUCCAGGUCCAGGGAUGGGGGUGCUGGCAGGAGUGAUGCCCCCUCGCUUAAAGUUGGAAAUUGAAGAAGGGAAAUGAAUAUUUGUGUCCCUGCCUGUCCUGAAACUUGGGGUAGGGGUGUCCUAUGGGUCAGUUCCACUGUCCUGCCGUCCCCUCACACAGGGUGGCAUCCAAAGAGCCCUGGGUUUGUUUGGAAGCGUGACUGCAGAAUCGCCUUGUCGCACACAGGACACAUAAACCAGAAAGGUGCUCACCCUCCUCUGGAACGAAGCCGCCAUGUCUCUUCACGUCACACCCUCCAGGGCUGCUCUUUGCCUUCCUGGUUGCCCUGCCUCACGACCCUCCCUCAUCUUUCAUCCUCGACUGCUGUCUCCCACCUUCCUCCUUGAUUUUUACCUCAGUAUCUUUCAUUUAAAAGCCAACCGAAGGCCUUGUUUUCUUUCUAAGAUGAACGUGGGGGCAAGGGGCUGAACCUCUCAACAGUCUGGAGAGAGGAGCGUGGAGUGCUUUACUUUAGGUUCCAGGAAAGACUCUGAGAGAGGUCAAAGGGUGUGAGGCAACUACCGGAGGAAGGAGAAGGGCCAUAGAAACAUUGCUUCACUCUGGCUCUGUCCAAGGGCCAGGGGCUCAUCCCUCACUCUUCCUCUUACCUCACCCCUUUAAAACUGAAAAAAGAAAAAAAAAAGCAAACCAACUAACCUAGCGAACAGCAAUCUAGAAAACAGGGGGCUCUGAUGGUCUCCACGGGCCACAGAAAUCAAGAUGGUGUUUAUUUCAUAUGUAAAUAUUUUGUUUUCUAAUUAAUUUUGUAUAGAUAAAGUGGUCUCCUGUGAGUAUUCAGGGUGUUGAGCUGGAGGGAGUGGGGUGGGGAUGGGAAUGAGGGGGGAAUUAUUUUGUUAUGGGUUUUCAUUUUCUGUUGGGAGGAAUUGUUUGUUAUGGCCUUUGCUUUGGAGUGUCUGGGAAAAGUUCAUGGGAACAGAAGCCACAAUGGUGAACAAACCAGGGGAAAGUCAUUUCUGUCCAUGCCCCGCCUCCAAAACCUGUCUUCCUGCUGGUUUGUGAGAAGUGAUCUUGCACUUUGGCCUGAGUUUUGCAGGGUCCAAACCAGCACUAAGCAAAACUUGGUCUGACUCUUGUCUUCUAGGGAGACCAGGAAAUGAUGACUCUGUCAAAGACAAACUGGUGGCAUCCGAUUUUUCCUUGUCAGUACCUGGGCUUGCAAAGGUUCCCCAAAGGGCUUGAAAAAGAAUUGAGGUCUACUUACCUCCCAUCCUUGGCAUGGCUGAGAGGUUUCUGGAAGCUGGAUUCUGAGAUAUCUCACAGCAACCUUCUCUGAUUCUUAUCCAUCAUCCUACCAGUCUGACAUAUCAUGCUCUAGUACCUGACCAUCCUGUCCCCCAUCUGUGUGCACCUAUAGAAAGGACUACUUCAGGCACACCCAAGAAAUGUCCACUCUUUCUCCUUCAGCAUCAUAUGGUUUCAGGCUGUACAAGGACAGCAAUGGAUACAGGGGUCUUACAGAUUUACAUGCCUUUCUAGGAACAUCACCCGAUCCCCUCAAAACUCAUUAGCCUAGUAAAGUAAUAGCUAAAAUUAGUUUCAGAGGUGGUAAAGAGGCCAUUUGAGGGACAGUACCAAUGGUGGCUUUAUAUUUGCCUUGUUCUCGUUACUGCCAUCAGGAGGGUGCUAUUUUGUUCGUGUUAGGUGUCGCAAAUCUGAUUCGAUAUAAACCGGACAAAUAAAAUCUCUUUUACUGGGUUGUUGACUUUGUGAAAGAUAGCAGCCUCUCUCUCUCUCUCUCUCUCUCUCUCUCUCUCUCUCUUUCUCUCUCUCUCUCUCUGUCCCCCUCUCUCAUUUCUAAAUUGAUAUGUCCAGCAUAUUGCCCUUCCCCCCUAUUCUCCCGCCAUCAGUGGCUGCCAGUGAGAUAGAUAAUUUAACUAUCCUAAACCCCUUAUUUGGCCUCAAUUGAUUUCUCCAACUGAAUUCUUGAAUUGGGACCAAAGUAAGAUAUUCAUGGCCUUCUCUAAAAAGAAUAAGGAAAUGAAGUCUGUCAAGUUUUCUAUGUGAAAUUCCACAGUAGCAAGUCAGUUGAAUACAUCAGGAAGAAUUCCACAGCUGUUCCCAUCUCCAUCCCUGAUGGAUAUGGACCAAGACCCAAUCCAUCCAAAACUGUGAGGUUCUGCAGAGCCCUGAGGAGCAUCUUGUGUUCCCUGGUGUCCUUCAGAACCCAUGCUUUCUCUCACAAGUGCUCUCUACCAUUGGGAAAGUGGGUUGGUGGAUGUGGUCCCACAUCACUCCUCCUAGUGGCGAUGCUGACACUUCAGCAUGCCCAGUGACCUCAACAGUCUGAUCCUUGAAUUUGCCUGAGCAAAGAUGUGCACACCCUUUCAGAGUGCCGCAUGUGCAGUGGACCUUGUUAUUCCCAGGUUGUCACUGUGUAUCCUCGGCCAGAGCUUGGGAAACACCCUUUGUGUGUAUUCCCUGGGACUGGCCACAGCCAUUUUGUGAUUGGGGACAAAAAUCCCAGAUGAUCCCAUUAAAUGUUGGUGGUGUCAGUAGUGCCCAAACGCAUGUGUAAAAUAGGAGUCCUCUAUACAGUGCCGUGAAUAUCACUUGCCCAGUCUUCCAUGGCCAUCAGGAAUUGCCCCAGGAAGAAUUCUCUGCAGAGUGCUGGUCACCUGCACCUCUCAUUUGAGAGCUAGGGUUUCUUUUGCUCUUUCUUUCUUUCUUUCUUUCUUUCUUUCUUUCUUUCUUUCUUACAAGUUCGAGAUUUAGGGAAAGAUUAAUGUUUGGGCAAAAGCCUUUGGAAAAGUUAUUCCUAAACUCACUUUUUUUUUUCCUUUAAAUCACCAUCUCUGAAAAGGCCCUGUCCUUGCUUGGCACCCUGUGUGUGUCUGUUUGGGUGUGCUAGGAAUGAUUCGGGUAUGUGCAUAAAUGAUGUAAUGGCAGUUUACUGGUGAAUGUGUUCAGUGUUUCUGGGCAUUGUGGCCAUACUAUAUGUUCCCAAAGCCAUAUAGAAAAUGUGUGAUCUUGGGGCUGCUGAAACACUAUGGCAUUUCUGCCUUUGCUUUCUUUGCCUUGGUGUCAGAGAGGGUUCUUGCUUGCCUAAGGACUCUUUAGGGGCAAGAAGCACCCUGAGGAGGUCAGUCAUACUGGGGUGGCUCUGGCCUUGCCAAUGGCAGAUGACCUGUGGCUUGCUUUCAAGAUCCUGAGAGAGCCUGCCAGCUGUUGACUUCCCAGGCAGAUUUACGACAUUCGGGCUGAGCUGUUUGUCUGCGGCUGAAAUGAAAGCGUUCCCAGGAAGAGUGACACACUAAGCCAUAUUAGGGAUUUGUACAUUUAAACACCUAAUCUACAUUAGGAUUUUCAUUCCUUUUUCUGGGAAUAAGCGACCGUAAGCCAGCAAGAGAAAGAAACAGGCGCAUCAUGGAGAAACAGAGCAGGGAAAAAGGAUAACAGGUCCAGAAAACAAGUCCUUUAAGCCAUGCUUCAUCUCUACCUGUUGAGUUAAGGCCCACGGGGACCCUGGAUUAGGACUUCUACCUGGGAUCUGCUUUCAACACACAGUCAUGCACACAGUUUGGAGAUAGCUGCAUUCUACACCACAUAGGGCAGGUGAGAAUGGUGACCCGGGGAACGGAAGACAGUCGCCUUUCCUCAAAUGCAAGAUAUUGCGUAAAGAGCUGCAAGGAAAAUGUUCAAUCAUAUUUAGCAUACAAUCUAUUAGUAUAUUAUAAAAUCACUCAUUAUCUCUUCUUUGUUCUAGAUCAAAUAAUCUACCCGUUAACUGAUUUGCCUAUGCUCUAAGCGUUUCUAGUUUCUUUCCCCUUAUUUUCUGUGAAGGAGCCAGUUGAUCCUCAGGUACUGUUUAACCUGUGGGCCUCCGAUAUGCUUGGGUCAACGUUAAAAUGCUCGUUUGUCAUUCCUAGAGCUUUGAAUAUUGACCUAGGUCUAGGAUUCCACCUAGUUUGGGGAGGUCGCUAUCUGUAAGGUCACAGGCUGGAUGAACGCAUCCUACCCUCAUCCCAGUAUCACCACACAAGGUCCCUGUGAGUUCGUGACUUGGCACGUAAACUAUCUACUCCCACAACAAAGCCGCCAUCAAAGCCUGGAAUGAAAGGCAGUGCUUUUGCCAUGCCUUGAAGAAAUUGGUGAAGUUCCAGUGUUCUAGGUAGUACAGAAGCAAGGAGAAAGAGCUUUGCUCAUAGUAUUGGGUUGUCCUGGCAAUGCCGGCAAUGAGUGGAAAAUGUUGGGAAUCCAGUGUCCUUGGUCAGUGACGUCGGAGCUAAUCUUUAUGAGCUGCUGGUGAUGUCCAUAUCUUGCUUCUGCUAGUGUGACUGCGGCUGGUGGUGCUAAUGGGAACUGAGAAUGGAAAGUAGAGUGGAUGGUAGAGCUGCUAACAGUCCUGGGAUGCUGGUGUAUGGAGUUUCCCGCAGCCUUGGGAUGCUGGUGCACGGAAUUUCUCACAGCCUUGGGAUGCUGGUGUACUGAGUUUCUCACAGCCUUGGGAUGCUGGUGUAUGGAGUUUCCCACAGCCCUGGGAUGCUGGUUUAUCCCAUCUGUUUUGGUGAAAGUGAAAGUGGUCCUUGGUGCAGGGAUCAAGUUACAAUGAAGAAGCACAAUUCUAAGCCCAUCACAAAACUAUUAUUUUAAAGCUAUGACUUCCAACUUGAACUCUGUUUAUCAAUUAAUAAUUAUUUUAAGCUUGUGAUUUAAAGAGCGGUUCAGAAAAAAAUAAAGUAAGAAGCUCUACAUAAAUAUGUUAGUUCAACUAAACCAAUGUCUGUUGAGCAUUUACUAUGUCCUUGAGCUAAUGCUGAGAAAUAUAGAAAAGAUUUUAAAAUGGAGUAUGUUAUACUUGUGUAGGAUAUGCAAAUGCAUAAGUAUAAAAUAUUUAAAUGUAUGUAAUGUGUAUAAAAUAGGAGUGCAUAAAUUUCUGUGAUUUGACAUGCAGGUUUAAUAUUUUCUGGUUUCAGGCUUUGAGUCAAAGAUAUCCAUUAUGUUACUGAAGAAUGCCAUAUUCUCAGUACAUCCAAAUCUCCACAUCAUAGUUGAGCCUUGGUCACUUCUGGGAUUAUCACACAUUCUAAGCUAACCCUCAGAGAUUCCCACUCAGGCCACAACCAUGCAUUUUCUUCACUCAUCUUUGUCAGCGUCACACCCGAGUACUCUUUGUCCUGUGCACCAGAGUCCCCUUUGUGAUCUUUUGUGGUCCUCUCCAGACAACAGGACUUCUCCCUGCGGCACCUUCCCUCCCUUCCACACAGCUGACCGUGUUCCUCUCAAAACACAAUCUGGCAGCCAUCUGUUGGGACAAAUCUUUCCAUUCAGUUAGACCCUUGAAUCCCCGUCUAUCUUUGCUCUCCCAGCCAUCUAGAAUAGAUAGUUGUUCUUCACAUGCACACCCAAUGCUUACAGCUCUGCAAUGAGUCUGUAAUUUGCUACUCACCUACAAAAUUCGAAAGCAGUAUUUCUGUUCAGCGUCUUACCACAAACCCAACAGCGUUUUCAUUUCCCUGUUAUUCAUCCUUCGGUGUUCCCCUUUGGGAAGUGGUGUGUUCUGAUUUGCAUCUUAGCUCUCAGGUCCCCUAUGACCUCACUGGUUUCUGCUUUUGCUCAGCCUUUACUUGGUCUGGGUUCCAAGUUUGAUUCUCCAUGUAAACUCCUCAUGAUCUUCCCGAUUUCCACAAUAUUUAUGGCUCUGAGUGAAGAUGACUUUCAAAUCUUCUCUCUUAGACCCUAAUUUUCUCUUCAGCGUAAUGCACAUAUUCCCAAUCACCUCACUUCAGAUUGACGCAAAUACCCAGAUCUGCACCCAAACCAGCAUAAUGAUGAGCAGGUUCUCCUGGCCUAGUGGUUCCAUUGUUCAUCUGUCGCCACACUUACGUUUUGCCAGGAACUUUUGCCUCCUUCAUGUGCCUGAUUUUGCAAGUAUAAUCGUUUGGAAAACCUAUUGAUUCUCACUCAAAGGUUUUCCCACCUCCCUUUGCUUUCAGACCCUUCCUUCCCAUUGAUUACUUCAGUGUUGUAUAGCAUUGCCCCAAGAAUUCAUAUUUUGGUCUACUCUCACCAGUUUGUGCUUCCUGACCACAGUUAUUUCAUGUCGUCCUUAACCUCGGAAGACAAACCUUUGAUGAGCUCCCCUUGACAUGGUUCCAGCAGGCAACACCUUAGUUGGUGUGCUCUUUGUCACAGGACAGUUCAAUUAUAUAGCUGUCCCUUAACACUCCCUAGUCAUCUAGAUUUACUUGUAUCUUAAACUUCUCUCUUUUCCCCAAAUGUCAUGCUCCCAACUUUUACCUCCCAGCUGCCUUGCGUAAUCCACUCCCUCUAUACAAGUCUUCAAAGACAAUAACACAACAACAGCAUCUGUUUCCCCUCACAAUCUGUGCAGAAAAACAGAGACAUUUUAUGAAUGUCCAUGACAUUUUAAUUUUCUCUCCUGGAUGACAACCAUCAGAGACCAGCUUCAUAAUUGUUUGAGUGUACAUAUUGUCUUCCCUGUUAGAUUCUAAACAGGUCAUGGCUUAUUAUUCUGUGUAUGC